CGACGUCAUUCUCUGUGGGGUUGGUUGAAUGGGGAAGCGUCGGCGAGGCACACAAAUUUGUGGUGUGUGAGUAUAAGAUCUGCAACACGUCCACCCAGCUGGGUUUGCAGAAAAAAUAAGCAGGUUUAGCAACCAGUCAUGGCGCUGCCAAAACACUUUUACGCUCUUCUCUUUUGUGGGUUUGCCGUUCUUGGUGCCGUUCUCUAUGGUUACGAUGGUACCUACUUCACUGGUGUGGUCGCCAUGAACCCCUUCAUCGUCAAAUUCGGAGAACGAGCGCCGGAUACAACACUCGGUUACAAGUUCGAUGGUCUUCACCUAGCUAUUCCCGCAUCUUUCGUCAUGCUUGGAGAAGCGGCUGGUUCAUUCCUCGCUGGACCCAUCGGUGAGAAGACGGGUCGCCGUGGAGCAAUGAUCGCUGCAGCAAUCGGAGUCAUCGCCGGUACUAUCAUUCAACUUGCCGCCCCAAGCUGGGCUGUCAUCGUCGUUGGUCGUGUCGUCCUCGGUCUCGGUAUCGGUGCAGUAUCCAACUGUGUUCCCCUCUACCUCUCCGAAAUUUCUCCCACCGCUCUCCGUGGUGUCGUCGUUGGAUCCUGGCAGUUCUUCCUCGCGAUCGGUCAGGUCGUCGGAGCUUGCGUGUGUCAAGGAACUCAGGGAAUCGCCAGCAAGGCUUCCUACGAGAUCCCAAUUGGUCUCAACUUGUUCAUUCCGACUGUUAUGUUGGCUGGUGUUUUCUUCAUACCCGAGACUCCCCGCUGGUUGAUUCGUCACGGAAAGGUCGAGGGUGCCCGCAAGUCUCUUAUUCGCAUCAACAAGGAGGACAAGACUUUCGUUCCUGAGCCCCAGCUUAAGCUUAUGGUCGACGAUCACGAGGCAGAGAUGAGGGGUGGUCAGACUGGUUCUUGGGGCGAGUUGCUCAGCGACCCUAUCGAGCGUCGCAAGUUCUUCUGUGCUGUGGGAAUUCUGGUUGCGCAGCAGAUUACCGGUGUCCAAUUCAUUUUCUCCUACGCCACUGUCUUUGUCCGUGAUAUUGGUCUUGGAAGCGCUUUUUUGAUCACUAUUAUCAUUGAUAUUUGCGAGGUUCUCGGUGUUGUUAUCUCCUUCUUCCUCAUUCCAAGAUAUGGACGCAGACCGUUGCUGCUUACCACAGGUAUCGCUAUGGUCGUCUCGCUUCUUAUCGUCGGAGGUGUCGGUACUCCCUCCAACCGUUCUACUGGCGAGAAUACCUGCAUUGUCGUUUUCAUCAUGAUCUAUGUCUUGUUGUUCAACCUGGCUUUCGGUCCUCUUGCCUGGGUCUUGUCCACCGAACUCGCCACUGGACGCAACAGGAACCGUAUCACCGCCGUCGCCACUUUCUGUUUCUGGAUCGUCGCUUUCGUCGUCACCUUCACCCUCCCCUACCUUUUCGACGCUGAUAAGGCAGGCCUUGGACCCAUGGUCGGUUACGUCUACGCAGGAGGCUGCACAAUCUCUGUUGUAUUCGUCUACUUCAUGAUCGGAGAGACCAAGGGCCGCUCUUUGGAGGAGAUCAACGAGAUGUACAUGAACCGUGUUGCCGUCAAGGACUGGAUACGUUACGAGACUACGUUGCAGAAGGAGCACGCUGCCGGUUUCAACACCAACAUGGGUGCUUCUAACCUUUCGAGCGAGACCGAGCUGGAUGUCUUCGUUGACAGACCGAAGAACGAGGAGGCCGUUGAGGGUGCUUAUGGACUUGGAAGCCAGACUAGCUUGCCGAGGACGAGCAAUGGUCAUGGAAACCAGUACAAGCCGGAGGUGGAGCAUAGGGAGUAA